CCAGGUUGUUGUUAUUUGACAAAGCGGCUGUCAAGGCAGAUUUCUCUGAAUUAUUUUGUCGCGAUUUCUUCCGUCUAUUAACUAAGAGCAAUGGCAGAUAAAGACAAGGACAAGUCAAAGAUCGACCUGGGCCUCCUGGAAGAGGACGAUGAGUUCGAGGACUUCCCAUGCGAAGAUUGGGUUCUCGAGGCCGAAGGCGAUGAGGACGACGACGUGAACGUUUGGGAAGAUAACUGGGACGACGAUAACGUCGAGGACGACUUCAAUCAACAACUCAGAGCCCACAUUGAGAAACAGAAAAUGGAAACGUGAAUUUCUUAGUUUAGCGUACUCUACUAAUGUAAUGUCUUUGCUUUUCUUAUUCGAAUAAAUAUUUUGGAAACUAA